AUCGGUUACCUACCUUAUAUGUAAUAUUUUCAUUAUUUAAGGUAACCUUUCCUGAUAAUUGUGAGGUGUCUUUAUUUAGCUUUCAAUUUUAAAAAGAAGUACAAUGCUUUGUAUUUGUGAGAAACUUGGACGUAGAGGUUUUAAUGUUAUAUCACAAGUACGAAGGUUUUCCAGAAACAACAGGGAAAUAGACAGAAACAUAGACAGACUGUGUGUGGAGUUUAGAAAACUAGAAGGUGGGUCAGUGGACAUCAGCAAAGAUGAGGAAUCUGGCAUCGCAACAGUCACCAUGUGUAAUAGUGGGAAGAAAAAUGCUUUUACAGGGAAGAUGAUGGUAGAUCUCCUUGACUGUGUCACAGAACUAGAGCAGUGGACAGCUGGGAAGGGUGUGGUACUGACCGGAGCAGACAACAGUUUCUGUUCUGGAGGCGAUCUUGAGACAGUAAAGAGGGUCUUGGGGAAUGGUUACGGUAUGUGUGAACUAAUGCAGCAUACAACGUCUAGAUUGUUUGACCUACCCAUGGUCAGCUGUGCUGCCAUAUCUGGACACGCACUAGGAGGUGGUGCUGAAUUAGCAACUGCAUGUGAUUUUCGAAUUAUGAGCAAAGAGGCAAAAAUUGGAUUUGUCCAAGCUCGUUUAAAUGUGGCAACUGGGUGGGGAGGGUGCACAAGACUAGCUAAGAUUGUUGGAAGAACCACUGCCCUGCAGGUUCUUGCCUCAGCGAGAGUAUUAGACGCUAAUACAGCAAGGACUCUGGGGCUUGUGAAUGAUGUGCUUGAUACUGACAAUAUAGCCACUGAAGCAAUGGACUGGUUGUCCAAAAAUUGUAUUGGAGAUGUUAAUGUUACAAGAGUGAUAAAGCAGAUGGUAGUUGCUGGCUUGUAUUUUGAGGAAAGUCAAUCCUAUGAUAUGGAAAAACAGCUUUUCUGUAAGGUCUGGGGUAGCAGAUCUCAUAAAGAUGCUCUUGAAGCUAACAUUAAACACAAAUGAUAGAACAUGGCAUUAAAAUGUAUAAAAUAUUUAUGAUGUUGUUGUCAAAAAUUGUUUUCUUUUGUAUAAAUGAUGAUUAUAAUGCCAAUUGUGUGCAAUAUAUCAGUAAUAGUAAUAGGGGGAUAUUUUAAGACAAUAAAUGUGAAAGAU